GCGGCGAGCGCGCUUUUUUCGCCUCGCCGCCGGGAAGCCGCGCACCCGGUCGACCGUCACACGCCACUUCGUCGGUUGCUCUCGUAGCGUUCGCACAGUUUUUUUGUCCGUGCCGGUAGCAUUUCCUAGCAGUCAUGGCUGAGGAGACGAGCACAGCCGCAGCAGCGCCGGCCGCGUCGUCGGCACCCCAGAGCCCCAAGAAGAAGGCGGCGCGCGGAGCCGGCAAGCCCCGCACCACGGCCAGCCACCCCAAGGUGUCGGCCAUGGUGAACGCGUCCAUCGGCGAGCUGAAGGAGCGCGGAGGGUCGUCUCUGCAGGCCAUCAAGAAGCACAUGGCGGCCACCUACAAGGUGGACGUGGAGAAGCUGUCGCCGUUUAUCCGCAAGUACCUCAAGUCGGCCGUCACCUCGGGUGCGCUGGUCCAGACCAAGGGCAAGGGCGCCAGCGGUUCGUUCAAGCUGGCUGCGGGCGCCGCUGCGGGCGAGAAGAAAAAGGCCAAGGCUGCAGGAGUCGUCAAGAAAGCCGCCAAGAAGCCGGCCAAGAAGACUCCCAAGAAGUCUCCCAAAAAGGCUCCCAAGAAGGUGGCGGUCAAGAAGGCCAAGCCAGCAAAGAAGCCCAAGGCCGAGAAGAAGGCGUCGCUGCCCAAGAAACCCAAGAAGCCGGCGGCCAAGAAGGCGGCCACCCCAAAGAAGGCAGCCAAGAAGUAAAGCUCGGCCUCCUCGAGCCGGCCCCACGGGCACACACACAAACGGCCCUCGUCAGGGCCACCCAAAACGUCUGCCUCGGCGGAGCCGUUUACCGCGGUGCUCCGACCCCCGUGACCUCUCGUUUUCGCCCGGUCAUUCUCCAUCGAUCGAUCGCGCCGCCGUAACCAUGGGCUCCGAUCUCAAAUAACAACCAGGUCACAAACUUCUUGCCCGUGCGCCUUUUUCUGGCAUACUGCGUGGUUAAUGUCUGUAAGUUCUGAUUAACUGUAUAAUGUAUCAAGAUAUUAGGAAAGGUAGUUCACCUAUGACCAGUUUCUGUGCUAUUAGUGUUUUAACUAUCCUGAACAUGCCGUUAACAGGCUUCUUAACGAGAAAGAAUACAUAGUUUAGAGGGAAAAUCCGCUGAGACGGCUUUUGGUAUCAAGGAACAGCCGGUUAUGAACAUAAAAAGAACACUUUGCUAUUGGAAUAUUGUGGAAACGCUGUGUAGCUAUUAAAUGAUGGUGCCUUUUGCUCUAAA